CGCCCCGCUCCUCCUCCUCCUCCUCCUCCUCCCGCAGCCGGAGCGCCGGGAGAGCCGCGGGGCUGCCGGCGAUGCCGCUGGAGGACGGGGACCCGCUGAGCCCGGGGGCACGGCAGGUCCGCGGAGAGACCAGCGGUGUCCCCCGGCUCCCGGCGAUGGGGGAGCCCUCGCUGCGGGGCACGACAGCGCCUGGUGGCGGCAGGACAGACGCGGUGGCCGAGGGCUGGGAGCCGGGGCCAGCGCUGGGUGAUGGAGAUGUGAGCCCCGGGGCAGCCCCACGGCGAGCACGGCGGCCCGAGGAAGCCCUGAUGAGCGAGCUUUCGGAGCUGGUGCAGAAGGUGGUGAAGAGCAGCAGCUGGUGGGAGCGGCACGGCGUGGACAUCAGCAUCCUUGCCUGCAGCUUCCUCCUGCUCCCAGCAGGGUUCCUGUGCCUGCGGUCGGCCCAGGCCAUCCCUUUCCUGGCGGGUGUCCUCACCCUUGGCGUGGUGCAUCACACCCUGACCGUCAAGGGCAGCCACCUGGCCAGCCACAAUGCCUUGACUGAGUCCAAGUCCUGGAGCAAAGUGUGGGCUGUCUUCUUCAUUGAGCUCUGCUCAGCUUUCACAGUCGAGCAGGCCACCUACAACCAUGUGAAGAUCCACCACGGCUACACCAACGUCAUUGGCCUGGGGGACUCCAGCACGUGGAAACUUCCUUUCCUGAACCGCUACGUCUACAUGUUCAUCGCUCCUCUGGCAGUGCCCAUCCUAACCCCGCUGGUUGCACUUGAUUUAUUGAGGAAUGUGGAGUGGAAGGCAGCUCUCCGGACCCUCUGCUGCAUGUUUCUGGGGUUUUACUGCCAUUACUGGCUCCUGCUCCACGUCUCGGGCUUCCAGUCGCCGUGGUCUGCCCUGCUCUGCAUGCUGGUCACCCGCUCCCUCCUGGCCCAUCCCUACAUCCAUGUCAACAUCUUCCAGCACAUCGGCCUCCCCAUGUUUGCCGCCGACCGCAAACCCCGGCGCAUCCACCUCAUGAGCCGGGGCGUCCUCAACCUGCCCCGCAACCCCCUCCUGGACUGGUCCUUCGGCCACUCGCUCAUCAGCUGCCACGUGGAGCAUCACCUCUUCCCCAGCCUCUCUGACAACAUGUGCCUGAAGAUCAAACCCAUCGUCUCCCAGUACCUGAAGCAGAAGAAGCUGCCCUACAACGAGGACACGUACAGCUCCAGGCUCUGGCUCUUCCUGCAGAGAUACGAGGAGCUGAUGGUCCAUGCUCCCCCCAUAACGGAGCUGGUGGGCAUCCAGUGAGGGCCCUGGGGGCUGUUUCCUGCAGGGACAUUCAGAGGGAUGGUUCCAGCAGGACCAACACCUCCGUGAAGUCACCAUGUAGGAAACAUCCCUCCCUGAAGUUUUUGCUUUUGGCUAGAAAAUGGUGCACAGAGCCACUGCAGGGGGAGAGCCUGGUGGGGCAGCACCAGGGACAGAAAAAUCAGCAUUCCCCACGGUUGUUCCCAGUUUAUCCACUCUGCUCUCACACCUGGGGAGAGGAACCCACCCCAUCCGUGGGGAAUGUGGCACCAGUCCAGGACGUCCAGCAUUGAGAAGCACCAGGAUCUGCAGGAUGGAGCUGCAGCUGUUUGGUUGGGGUCUCAGGGAAGGGGUGGAUGUGGGGAGGGGGCUGUGACGCUGCUGCUUGUGCUUUGCCUGACUUUGGGCUAAAUCGGCCCCUUCUAGGAACAAAGAUUUGUUUCAAAGAUAAGUUCAGCCUUAACACUUUGGGCUGGAUUUCCUUUAUCAUUGGGGUUUUUUGCUGGAGGGAGUCUGGCUGGUGUCCUGUGCUGCCCAGGGUAGGAGUGGGGCAGAGACCCUCACCCCAUGGGGGUGCCAGUGUUGGGGUGCCAGAGGUGGCCCCAGCCUGGGCAUUGCUGUGGCAAGGAUUUAUCAAGGGAAUCAGAGGCAGGCAGGCAGGGCCUGGGAGGCUUUCCCUGCCUGGGGAGGGUGAGCUCUGCCCCCUGUGCUGCUCCCGUGGGCAUCUGUGGGGAGCUGUGUCUGCGGCACCGACGGCAAAGCCCGGCCCAGGGGAGCUGGCACAGCAAAGGCAGAUGGCCAAACUGGGAGCACAGGGGCUCUGCUCUCAGCCUGGGGUUGUGCUCUUUGGUUUGAGUGUUCUCCCAUCCGGGCUGCACCCCUGCAGUGCCACGUUGGGGAUUCAUGAGGCUUCACAGGCAAACGUGCCCCAAGGCUCAAGGAUGCUGUGCCCUGGCCCGUGGCAGAGGGCAGUCCAUGGUGUUUUACUCAGCUUCUCCUCCAGCACGUCCAGGAGCCUCCUGAGAUGCACAGGAGAAGGGUCCCUGUGGUGUGAGGGGCCCUGCAUCCAUCCAGUGUAACCCUUUGGCAUCAGAAAUGUUGAGUUAUUGAUUUGUGCUGGGCAGGGGUCCAGCGCUGCUGAUGCACUGAUCUGGUGUCAUUGCCACCUCUCUGCAGGCCCAUGUGGGUCAUCGAUCUGGGCAUUGUGAAACACCCAGAGGGCAAAUCCCACAAAUCCCACCCUCUGGGCUGGGGCUGGGGGAGCAGCUGGAGGAGCGUGGCCAGAGCAAAUGGCCUGAAUGCUCUGAGCCCCCCACACCCUUCCCCAAUUCAUCAAUCAAUUGAGCAUCACAGAUAAGAUAAAUGUGACAAAUUAUUGACAUUCCCAGCUCCAGCAAGGGGGUGAGGGAGCGUUAGAGGUGCUUUUGGUUCAGGCAGGGUAAUCUUAACCCCACAUGUUCCUCUGUGUGGGCACAAAAUGCUCUUUUGCCCGUUCUGCUGCAAGAGAUCAAGCCCCAAAAUGUUCCCAGGCAUUGGUCAGAGCAACAGCUCCUCCCCAGCUGCAUUUUGUGGACGUUGUUUAAAGCAAUGCCAGCUGAAGGCAAGUGUUUGCAGGUCCCUCAGCCAGCAGGAGACAGCCUGUGGUUUGGGAAAUAGAUGGAUUAUUCCCUGCCAGAACUGGUGGAUACAGAAGUUAAAGGGGAAAGGGAGAAUUCUGGAAAAAAAGGAGGAUUUUGACUCCUGGGCUUGGAACCCUCCAAAUUUAAACCUGCUGCUUUUGUGGAUGACCUCUGUGGUGAUAUUUGGAGCCUUCAGCCUUGCUCCUCUGGGCAGGGGCUCAGUGGUUGCUGUGAUGAGCUGAGGAUGAGGGUUUGGAGCUGUUGCAAUUCCUGGUCCUGGCCACAGCCCUCCUGAAGGAGCGGGUGCAGAAGGAGGCACAGAGCCAGCUGCUGUUUCCAGCGUGCCUUUGCAGAAAGCUAUCAGCUCAUUUCCACAACCAGGAGAGAAAGUGUGUGAGUUUUAUGAUCCAUAUUACAACCAGCUCCUGGCUGUAAACUCCUCAUGGUCUUAAUUGCAUUUUAAAAGCCCCGUCAAGCACUUGCCUGCGUGCUCUGGCAUCUGGCCAACUUUUCAAUGUCUGCUGGGCCCGCUGAGAUGAUUUUUCUGUCUGGUGUGUUGUGCAGUGGCUGAACAAGAUGGGAUGUAGUGAUCCUGCAUGGAGGUGAGAGCACCAGCAUCUGAAAUGCGCUCUGAUGGGGAUGAAGGAGGAAAUAAAGCAGCGACCGUGGGGACGCUG